GAAAAAGGGCAAAUUAUUGAAAACUAAUUGACUCUGGGAAAUAGUUAGGCCUUAAAAUAGCUUGUUAGAAUGUAUAUUCCCGCCCCUGUCCCUGGGUACUUCGAAACCUGUCUGUUCUUGCUGCACUGCACUAGUAGAACCCCGGACUCUGUCCUUAAAGCUUCCACCCCCCGGGCAGCUGUAGGGCCGGACUUAGAGCCUGGGGAACUGCAGCCUCCGUCCUGCAGCCCGGCCAAGCCCGGCACCGGGACCGCACCAGCGGCGAUCCCGCAGCCUGUGGGACGGGAAGGUGCCGGGAUCCCGGGCAUUCCUCGGGCUGUGGGACGGGAAGGUGCCGGGGAUCCCGGGCAUUCCUGGGGCUGUGGGACGGGAAAGUGCCGGGAUCCCGGGCAUUCCGGAGGCACGGAAGUACAGAAGCUCUCGCCUAAGUCCCAAUAUACUUUUUAUUGCUGCGGCAACGACGGGAAACAUCAGCUGGGCUCAGCAAUCUCCAAAUCGUAGCCUAUUUCGGCUGAAAAAAGAGACGGGCGAUUGAAAGGAGAGAGGUUUCGCAAGUGCGGCGCUCUUGGCCGACACCUGCGCUUCCCGCGGCAGCCCGAGGCCCCGAGGCGGCGCGGCGGCCGCUCGGUGCCCGGGAGCGCUCGGGAUGCCCCAUUGAGUCCUUAAGCGCCGCUGAUGGCCCGGCCGCCCCUGCCCGCGGCCUUUGGCCCUCAGGGCUGCGCGCCUGCCCGGCCGCCGGCCUGGCCGCGCCCAGCCGGGCCCGCGCAAGGGCCGCUGCCCCUCACGCAGCGCGGUCACGGCCGCCGUCCAUGGCGACCCGCCCGCCGUGCCUGUGGCUGUGCCUGGCCGGGCUGCUGAGCCUGCGGGCGGCCGGCACCCUGCCCCUGCGCCCCGACCCGCGGGACGCCGUGCUGGCCGCGGCCCUGCAGCGCCUGCGGGAGCUCUUCGACAUGGAGGAGCUGCCGCCCGACGUGCUGCCCCGCAAGAAGCCGCCCCAGUUCAUGGUGGAUCUCUUCAACAAGGUGGCCGAUGCCAACGGCAUCACCCGCGCCCCGGGGCUGCUGCAGGGCGACGUGGUGCGCAGCUUCGAGGACCGAGUUCACGUGGACCACCACCGCUUCCACUUCGACGUCAGCGCGAUGGAGAAGGGCGAGCAGAUGCUGAAAGCCGAGUUGAGGGUCUUCAAGCUUAAGAGGUCACACCGGUCCAGAAGGUCCAACACGCAGCACUUCUGCAAAGUGGAAGUGUAUGAGCUCUUGGAGAGUGAAAAUAAGCCACAUAGAAAACAUCUCAUUGCAUCAAGACUAUUGUCCCUCUACACGGAAGGCUGGGAAGUCUUCAAUGUCACACAGACAGUUUCCAAGUGGGUUGGAAACAGCAGCUCCAACCAUGGCUUUUGGAUAACUGCUACACAUGUUUCCAACAAUGAAAUGGAGCACGACGUGGUUACAUUUGCCAAGAGCCAGAGUGCUUUGCAGGAGAGCAGAAAUGCUCUCCUCGUCCUCUUCACGAACAGUAACAAACGGAGGUCUCACAGCUUUGUACCCUCUGCUACAAAAUCAGAAACAACGCCUGCCAAAUCUGAUGCCUCACGUGUUUCUCAUGACACUGCUGUCAUGGAAAGCAGCAGUGCCAGCAGGAGCAGGAGACCCCGAGCCGCCGCAGCCGCUGCUGGAAGCCCAUUAGCAACAUGCCACCGAAGGGAGCUCUAUGUAGACUUCCAUGCUAUUGGCUGGUCAGGGUGGAUCAUUUACCCAAGUGGAUACAAUGCAUUUUACUGCAGAGGAUCCUGCAUCUUCCCUUUGGGGGAAAGUCUAAAUGCAACAAACCAUGCUACAGUUCAGUCCAUUGUUUAUACACUGAAAUUGUCUCAAGAUGUCAGCAUGCCCUGCUGUGUGCCAGAUGAAUUGAAGUCCCUCAGUCUUCUCUACUUUGAUGACAAACAGAAUGUCAUCCUUAAAAAUUAUGAAGACAUGGUGGCAACAAGGUGUGGUUGUCAUUAGCAAGAUUUUUUUUUCUCUGCACUUGGUGUGCACCUGGAUUCAGCUCCCCAUUUGCUACUGAAGAUACCAAAGGAGAUGGAAUUUUACUUUACAGGGCAGGAGAGACAGAAACUGGUCUGUGCUUCAAAUCCUUCUCCUCUCACCAUGGCUGUGGAAAGGUAGCUGGCUUGUGAGGCACUGCCAACCUCAAGAUCUCCAUGGAGAGCUCUUUGAGUGCCUGUACACCAAGGAAACUAUUAAAAUCAGGAACUUGCUAUAUGAAGGAGUUGAAACACAUUAAGUUGACUGUUCAAAUUAAGGUCUUGUCCUGUAUACGAGGGCUCAGAAUUUCUAGUGAUUUAACAGGCAUGGCGUCCUGCCUCAAUCCAGGAUGGGAUGCAGGUGUCAGUAGCACAGCCUUAAUCAGUUUUGGCUGCAUGAUCCAGUGGGGAUGUGCAGUCUUACUUUGAGCUUUCAGGGUAAGUAUUUGCCCAGAGCUAAUUUCAGAGGUUUCUACCACUUGUAGAUCAUGCAUUACCAGGAAACGGACUUCUCCUGAGUUUUAUGCAGCUCUACCAAAUGCAGAGAACUCCUCAUAAGUCCCCAUGGGACUUGCUAGCCAGUCUGAAGGAGGCCAUAGGUCAGUAUUUGUCUGGGAAUCAGCGUAUUUGGCUUCUAAGUCAGGGCUGUAACUCUGUAUGGUGAGGCCAGUGCCUGUCUCUUUAAUGGCUGUCAGGGUGUGUGGCACCAGAGAUUGCCUUUGUGUAUUUGCUGUACUGUGGGAUCCUAAGCUUGGGUCAGAAUCUUCGUGGUUUAGCAAGAAGAAAGAAAAAACUGUGAAGCUUUGGAGGCCCAUCAGAGUGCUAGAUACUGGCCCGGUCUGGUGUCUGAGGUGAGUUUUACUACAAUGUAAUUGCUGAUUCCCUUCCCUUCUUUGAAGAAUAGGAGGACACAGGCUUUGAUGGGGCCCCUUGAAGUCUUUCAAUCUUGCUACAAUUUCACGCAGGUAACCAGCCCAUUGCCAUUCCUCAGUCAAUUCACUGAGGUGUAUCUUAAGCCUGGUUGGUUUCUUGUCUCAAUUAACCCUUGAAGCAGGCUGACCUCUCACAGAAUGUGGCAUCUCCCAAGGCCAGAAUCUUCAUGGAGAUUUUUUUUACUCCAAUGAG